GAUGAAAAAUAUCUUCGAAUCUCGAGAAAUAAAUACUUGUGUCCAAAAAGAGUUGCUUGAUCAACUAAUUCCAACAUUCGCUCAACUAAAUGAUAACGACUUCAUUUCUAGGAUGAAAAAUAUCUUUGAAUCUCGAGAAAUAAAUAUUUGUAUUCAAAAAGAGUUGUUUGAUCAACUAAUUCCAACAUUCAAUCAACUAGACGAUAAUGACUUUAAUUCUAAGAUAAGAAAAAUAGUUGAAUCCUGA